GGAAGUCUAACAUACAGUACUUCCUUUGAUCAACAAUGUUUUUAGCACAGUUUUGGUACGAUCAGGAAGAUAGAUAAGUACUUGGUUGGUAACAGUGGCUUAGAAAUCCAACAUUUUUUGAAAGGAAAAAGCUACAGGAGAAUUAAAUUGAGCGAAGCCAUUUGGAGGAACUAAAAAGGAAUAAAGAAAAAAAACAUGAUUAUUUUAUCUCUUGUGAUCUUCACCUUAUUAGAUAAGUCAGUUGGUUUGGAUUACGAAGUGAUGAGAACAGCAUCUGAACCUGAUAGAAUUUUGCUUAAAACAAACACAUCGAAUACCUGCACCACAUAUCGUGCGAAAUAUUACGAAAGAACGAAAAUUACAGUGACAUGUGCAUGUCCGACUGGGAUGUCUUUUCAUAGCAUACACUCAGAAUUACCUGCCUGUUACCGAUCCAAUGCUGAAAAUUUAGGUUGCGUAUGCUUGGGAAAGAAUUGCAUAUCCAUUAUUGCUAUUAAUCUCUUAAUGGGUAGAACAAUAGCGUCAAAAACACACUGGUGUAACAGUACUUUGGUCGCGUACAAAAUUAAAAUUUGGACACUUGUUGGCUGGAAGACGUUUUCAAGACCAGAUGACAUGAUAGUUGAAUUUCUUGUGCAGAACAAUGUCGGUUUAGUGAACUUUAAGUGGAAAGUCGACGGAUUUAGCGUGAUUCCUAGCUACUCUGGAAAUCUAUUCUUGAUUACUGUUACUUGUAAUAAUGGAAAGUUUAAGAACUGCUUUUUAGCAAAAUCGCCAGGUGUAAGAAAAUACAAUAUGAAUAACCCAACCACAAAGACAAUAACUGAUUCCAAAACCACAGUGGAGACAACAUCUGCAACUCUACAGAAUGAACCAACGAAGAAAGAAGAUGGAAAAUCAUCAACUUUAAUUUUGAUUGUGAUAGUUAUUGGCUCACUUUUGUUAAUAAUAAUUCUGAUAAUUUUGGUAAUGCUGAUUUACAGAACAAAAGGGUUUGGAAGAAACACAUCACAAGCAUCGUCAGAUCAAACUCAAACAAGAUUUCAAAGGCAGGAAAUACAUUAUUUGCCAAAAAAAGAUGCUGUCGCAUCACCUCAAGACAUAAAUUCCCCUUACUCGUAUGUUACCAAAUCCUUGACAAGGCCGAGGCCAAUACCAGCGCCACGACAGGCAGUACCAAUAGUAAGCAAUUAUGUGCGGAGUUCCCAAACAGUAAUUAGAGAAGAUUCCAUACAAUACGUGGUACCGAAUAACAUGGCAGCUGAAGAAACGACUUUGUAUGAAGUUAUGGAGGAUUAAAUGCCUAUUGCAGCUUGUUGAAUACAUUAUUUUAACUGUAUAGAGUUUUUAUAUGAACAUUUUUGGAUAGCAAUUGAUAUAUUGCUCUGCAAAGUGUAAAAUAGAAUAUGUGUUUUUUAACGCGCAUCUUAUAAUUUGUUCUACAAUUGUUGUCUUGAAUUUGUACGGAAUAUAUUUUUUUAUUUUUAA